UGUCCCAUACAAAAAGUUUGACAUUUGCCGUGAAAACGUUUAAAGAAAUUGCUAUUUUUGUUUUCUCUUUGAAAAACUAAAUAAAUUAUUUUAAUAUUGUAAAAAAACACUAGAAUUUGUAUAUCUAUUUAAACAGCAGUUAGUUUAAAACGUAAUGGAAACUUUGCUAGAACAGCAAAGGCGUUUUCACGAGGAACGUGAACGUCUGCUCAAACUCAUGGUGGAUGAGUAUGCCAAUAAAAAAGCAAGUGAGAAGGAAAGAAUUUAUUCGGAACACCGGCUUAAGUAUCUAUUGGAUUUACAUCAUAAUUCCACGGAAAAACUAAAGGAACUAUAUGAAGACAAGGAUAAUGAACGUAAAACUGAAAUACAAGCCCUUUCAGGGCCAAAUGAAUUUAAUGAAUUCUACAACAGACUGAAGCAAAUCAAAGAGUUCUAUAAGAAACAUCCCAGCGAAGUUAGCAUACCAUUGUCUGUGGAAUUCGAAGAUUUAGUUAAGGCCUACAGUAAUCCUGAGGAAAUGUCAGCGUUGGUGGAAUUUACGGACGAGGAAGGCGGUGGACGCUAUUUAGACUUGAAUGAGUGCUAUGAAAUGUAUAUUAAUUUGAGGGGAGUGGAAAAGGUCGACUAUAUUACCUACUUAAUGACAUUUGACCAUGUUUUUGAUAUUCCUAAGGAAAGAAAGAAUAAGGAAUAUAAGAAAUAUAUAGAAUCCUUAAAUGAUUAUUUACACAACUUCAUAUUAAGAGUGCAACCUUUAUAUGAUCUGGAAGAGGAGAUGCUUAAAGUGGAUUUGGAAUUUCAAAAGCAGUGGCUGCAGGGUACUUUUCCAGGUUGGGCUUCCAAAGAAACCGAAUCAGCUUUGGCAAAUACUGGUGCCCAUUUAGAUCUAUCAGCUUUCUCUAGCUGGGAAGAAUUGGCUUCCCUGGGAUUGGAUCGUUUAAAAUCUGCCCUAAUGGCUUUGGGACUAAAAUGUGGUGGUACUCUAGAAGAAAGAGCUCAACGUUUAUUUUCCACAAAAGGCAAAAAAACUUUGGAUCCAUCAUUAAUGGCUAAAAAACCAGCUAAAAGUUCUUCCACACAAUCUCGUGAAAACGAGCGCCACAAGGAAAUUGCACAAUUGGAAGCAUACCUAUACAAAUAUGCUGAAUUGAUAUCUGAACAGCGUAGUGCAUCAAAAGAAAAUGUUCAACGUAAACAGGCACGUACGGGCGGUGAAAGAGAUGACAGCGAUGUGGAAGCUAGUGAUUCUGAUAAUGAUGAUGAUCCUGAUGCUGAUGAGGUGCCGUAUAAUCCUAAAAAUUUACCCUUAGGUUGGGAUGGCAAACCCAUACCUUAUUGGUUGUACAAACUACAUGGCUUGAAUAUAAGUUACAAUUGUGAAAUUUGUGGUAAUUACACCUAUAAAGGACCCAAAGCAUUCCAGCGUCAUUUUGCCGAAUGGCGACAUGCUCAUGGUAUGCGUUGUUUGGGAAUACCCAAUACUGCUCAUUUUGCCAAUGUCACACAAAUUGAGGAUGCUAUAACAUUGUGGGAAAAGCUAAAGUCACAAAAACAAUCCGAACGGUGGAUAGCAGAUCAGGAAGAAGAAUUUGAAGAUUCUCUGGGUAAUGUGGUUAAUCGUAAGACGUAUGAGGAUUUAAAGAGACAAGGUUUAUUAUAAAUGCUAAAAACAAGAGAAACAAAUCAAA